GAAUGAUUAAUUCUGCACAUUUAUUAAGGCAGAGAAUGCCUUCAUUAAUAAUAUUCCUUUUAUUUUUGAGCAUACUUCUAAUUAUGGUACAAUUCACAAAUGCAACUGUUAGAGAAAGAAGACAAUCUGGUGGCACCCCUGUUGCCUCAUCUGGAAAAGCUACAGCGAACGGGAGCAAUACUGUUCGUAACCAUUUUUAAAAUUAAAAUAAUAUUUUUAGGAUUUAUCCUCUUCAAACUCAAUGUGGAAAACUCCAAACGGAACAGUCGGGGCGAAUGGUAAAGGAUUGAAAAUUUUCAGAAAAUUUUCAAAAUUUCAAAAAAUUUUCCUAAAGGCACAUAAUCCGGAAACGCAGCUGGAACUGGUCCCAGCA